CAAGCUGCAAAGAGCCCUCAAAUCUACGACAAUCCCAAAAUCCCGGGACACCGCCGGGCCGCUGAGUUCGGAUGUGGAGAGCGUCGCUCCGAAGCACUCCACCAUCAAAGAAGCUAAGGUGCCAAAGGCUACAAAGGAGCGGCAUAACAAGCCAAGUCGCGUCGACUCUGUCAUUUCGCGGGAUGCCGCUACGAGUACCAAAGCGAAGCCAGUGAAGUCGGCAAUUUUGAUGAAGCCGAUGAAGCCUCUGAAGCCAGCUAAAGGUGGACAGCGUAACGCCUCGACGAGCACAAGCUGUUCGAAGAUUGAAAAAUACGAGAUUGAGGACAUCUACGUCGACAUGUCGAUCGGUGGCCCGCGGAAGCAGAAAAAGACGCGUCCGCAUCCCAGCCCGCCACCUCCGCCCGGUCCUAUGAAGUGUCACGCCGCCACGAGCACCGAGCACGCGAUCCUCUGGGGCUCCGAGCUGGGCACCAAUUCGUGUCGCGAC